AUCAUUUUUAGAUGAUCAUACUAGGAUCAUAUUCAAAUCAUUUUUACAAAUUAUAUCAUAUAUACAUCAUCUUUAUAUCAUUUUAUGAAAUGGCCUUAAAAUGACUCAAAUAUGAUAUCAUUUUAAGCUCGUAUUUAAAUCAUUUUAGGAUUAUAAUAUGAUCAUUUUCACUUCAUAUCACAAAUGAGUCAUACAUGUCUCAUUUAUGUCUGAUUUCCUGCGACCUGGGUGGAAAAUGCAAGUCCUGAUGUUGACAUACGAGGUUUGAGAUUCAAUUGUGUAUUUCAUUGAGUUGAUGUAGUCAAUGAUUCCAAUUCUAUCAAUGACUUAUAUUCGGGAAAAUUGGGCUGCCAUAUUGACUUAGUUGACAGUCACCUGAGCUGUGUGUUGAGUACAAUUAUGAAUGUAUGUGAGCAAUUUUUUCGAGUCGAUCAGCCAAGUGCACAAUUUGUUGUGGUCGUUGUCACUACAAUUAAUACAGAUGUCCUAUUAUAGGAGAUCAGUCUGCUGCUUCGGGUGAUUUAAAUAGUGCCGAGUUGUAUGAUCCGUCAGCAGGAGCUUGGACACCUACUGGUGAUAGCAUGAAUAUUACACGCCAAUAUCACACAGGAGCAGUGUUAACAGAUGGAAAAGUGUUAGUUGCUGGUGGAGUUGGUAUGGGUAUUUCUCUAGAUAGGAGAAUACAGCCUAUUCCGCGAUAUUGA